CACAAACCAAGCAACGACAGGCCCAAUUGACCUCUUACAUCAGGUGGCGAUUCUUUAACUUUCCUCUACACAUUACCAAUUCAUCCCACACACACGCACAGCAAUGACUGCCCAGGUCACGCCGUCUAAGCAGGCUGCGUCCGCCAUUGAGGCCCUCAAGAUGGAAUCCCCGGUCAAGAAGCUCGAUUUUUCCGCGUCUAAUAAGGAGAACGCGCCGUUCGAUGCCGACCUCGCCACCCUCGAAGCCGAGAUAGACGCUGAGUCUAAGCACUCAACCACGGACAAGAAGCAGGAGGCCGCGAAGCCCGCUGUGGCUCCGACCAUCAAGCCCGAGGAGGCCGAUGAGCCUCUGCUUCAGGAGAACCCGCAGCGCUUUGUGCUGUUCCCCAUCAAGUACCACGAGAUCUGGCAGAUGUACAAGAAGGCCGAGGCUUCCUUCUGGACUGCCGAGGAGAUCGACCUCUCCAAGGACUUGCACGACUGGAACAACAGGCUCAACGACGAUGAGAAGUAUUUCAUCUCCCACAUCCUCGCCUUCUUCGCCGCGUCGGACGGCAUCGUCAAUGAGAACCUGGUCGAGCGCUUCAGCGGCGAAGUCCAGAUCCCCGAGGCCCGCUGCUUCUACGGCUUCCAGAUCAUGAUGGAGAACAUCCACUCCGAGACCUACUCGCUGCUCAUUGACACGUACAUCAAGGAGCCCGCCCAGCGCACGCACCUGUUCAAUGCCAUCGACACCAUCCCCUGCAUCCGCAAGAAGGCCGACUGGGCGCUGCGGUGGAUCGCGGACAAGAAGUCGACCUUCGCCCAGCGCCUGGUCGCGUUCGCCGCCGUCGAAGGCAUCUUCUUCAGCGGCGCCUUCGCGUCCAUCUUCUGGCUCAAGAAGCGCGGCCUGAUGCCCGGCCUGACCUUCUCCAACGAGCUCAUCUCGCGGGACGAGGGUCUGCACACCGACUUCGCCUGCCUGCUGUUCUCGCACCUCAACAAGCGGCCCAGCAAGCAGGUCAUCCAGGACAUCAUCGUCGACGCCGUCCGGAUCGAGCAGGAGUUCCUGACCGAGGCCCUGCCGUGCGCCCUGCUGGGCAUGAACGCCACCCUGAUGAAGCAGUACAUUGAGUUCGUCGCCGACCGCCUGCUCGUCGCCCUCGGCAACGAGAAGGUCUACCGGUCGACGAACCCCUUCGACUUCAUGGAGAACAUCUCGCUCGGCGGCAAGACUAACUUCUUCGAGAAGCGCGUGGGCGACUACCAGAAGGCCGGCGUCAUGGCCAGCACCAAGAAGUUUGUCCAGGAGGAGGCCGAAGAGGCUAAGGGCGAGAACGGCGGUGACUUCUCCUUCGACGAGGACUUCUAAGGCUGUGCUGCCUUCCGCUGCCCGUCUCUCUUCUCCUGUUGCCUCUAAUACCCUCUUCUGUACUCGACGGUUUGCUCUGUCUGCUUUUCUCUCGAAAUCUCCUGGCAUAGAAACGACAGGGCUUUCGGUUGACGUCUCUUCUUCUCUCGGUUGAGACGUUGGAUAUGCUUUUCACAUGUAUACGUGCUGCGCGGCCGUGACCGCGUUGGCAGUGGCGGAGUCUGGCGUUGGGGUGGCGUGGCUCUGGUAGGGAAUGCGAUGAGGGAUGUCGAGGAAAGCAUGGUUUUACGGGCAUGUAUGAGUAGAUUCUCAUGCUAGGAAUGAAACUUUGUGAAUUCGGC